AUGGUCGACAUAGUCCCCCUCUCCUCCUACCCAAGCUACAUUGACCUCCUCCCCUCCAUCCAGACCUGCAACAUAACCAACCUCCCCGAAAACUACUUCUUAAAAUACUAUCUCUACCACGCGCUCACCUGGCCGCAGCUGAGCUUCGUCGCCGUCGUCCGCCCCAAGAAUGGCUACACUAAGCAAAUCGCAGGCAGCGGGGCCGCCACGCUGACGGAGCAGUAUCCGAAGGUGGUGGGGUAUGUUCUUGCGAAGAUGGAGGAGGAGCCGACGGACGGCAUGGCGCAUGGACAUAUUACGUCGUUGAGUGUGAUGAGGACGCAUAGACGGUUGGGGAUUGCGGAGCGGCUGAUGAGGAUGUCGCAACGCGCUAUGGCUGAGUCGCAUCGGGCUCAUUAUGUUUCGCUGCAUGUACGUGUGAGCAAUACGGCUGCUUUGAGGUUAUACCGCGAUACGCUUGGGUUCCAGGUUGAGAGUGUGGAGAGCAAAUACUAUGCUGAUGGGGAGGAUGCGUAUGCUAUGCGCAUGGAUUUGACGGAUAUGUGGAUGAACUGGGCGGAGAUUGAGCGGAAGGAUCGGCUGCGGGCGGAGAAGGAUGGGAAGGAUGCGGAUGAGGGUGAGGAGGUGGGUGAGUUGGGGACGGAGAAGGAGAAGGAGAAGAUGGUUAAGGUGAAGGUUGGGAGGGGUUUGGGGGUUGGCGAUUUGGUGGAGAAGAAUGAGUCGCAGGUUCAGGCUUAA